AUGGCGUCGCGGGCCGCAGCAUCCACACGCCUCCUGGCAUCGGCCAUCAGGACGCCUACAGCCAGCCUCCGAGUCGUUCCACAGCGGCGUCUUUCCUCGCGCCUUCUCACCUCGACGGCAUGCCCGCGACAGCAGUCGGCUGCGCCACCACCUUCUCUCCCUCCUCAAAACCAACAGCAUCAGCAGCAUCAGCAGCACCACCGACAGUCCCAUCGGGGUCGAGACGACGAUGACGGUGGCAACGUCAAGGCCUUUUUCAACUCGACCGGCUGGGAGACGGCUAUGGGCGCCUCGGCUGGCGUCCUGUUGCUCGGCGUCGCCGCCAUGGUCUACCAGUCCUGGUACAAGUCCCAUGUACUCAAAAAGAUGGAGGCUGCCUUCGAUCCCGGCUAUGACCCCGUGCUCAGCCUGGCCAAGAGUGGCGAUCAGCUCGCUCACGUGAAAAUCAACCCGCCCAGGCCCGAAGACGAGAUGAUCGCCAGCAUUGUCUGUGGGAAGGAGAGCGGCAGGUACUUCUUGGUCAUGGGCAGCAAGGGCUCCGGCAAGGCCACGUCGAUCAUCGAGGCCAUGGCCCAGAUCGAUGCUGACGGCUGCGCCUUCUUCGACGCACACCCAGACCCCUCGAUUGUCGUCGACCGCUUCUCCGAGGCGAUCAACUACAGCAUGAACCGCGACUACCUCGGCACCCUCCUUGGCCUCUCUGACCUUUCGGGCAUGUCGUACUUCCAGCAGCUCGAGCGUGCGCUCCACAAGCUCGAGCGUGCCCUGAUCAACCGCCGGCAGAAGACCGGGAAGCCUGCCAUCAUUGUCAUGAACAGCGCCCAUCUGCUUCCUCGGGACGAGGACGGCACCAAGCUGCUGCACAUCUUCCAGCAGCGCGCCGAAAAGUGGGCCUCGGCGGGGACGGCCACGUUUGUGUUCACGACGGCAGACUACUGGGUCUACGACGUGCUGCGCAAGGCCUCGAACAGGAUGGACACGCUCUCGUUCAAGGACCUCACCCGCAAGCAGUCGGUCAACGUGCUGCGCGGCUGCCGCAAGCAGUACUGGGGCGAGAAGCCCUCGUCGCAGGAUCCGAGCGUGCUGCACGAGGUCUACGAGAUCUGCGGCGGCAGGCUGGGCCUGCUCAACAAGGUGGCGCGGCGCAAGGACAUGCUGCGCGCCGCGCGGCAGCUCGUCGAGGACGACAUGCAGUGGGUGCUCAGCAAGACGGGCAUCAUCGACGACCACGACGACGAUGUGAUGGACGAGCAGAAGUGGAGCACGUGCAGCUGGCUGCUGUUCUGCGAGCUCGCCGAGAAGCAGAGAGAGCUCGAGGGCCUGCUGCGUGAUCACGGCGGCAGGCUGCCAGCGUCUCUCUGCUGCGGCGAAGAUAGCAAGUACAGCAGCCUCGCCGCCCAGCUCGACCCAGAGGCCGGCUGGUUCAAGGCGAGGAACGCGCCCGUCCCUGGGGUCGAGAUGACGAGCUUGCACAAGCACAGGCACCCGCACCACGCCGAUGGCAUCGACGACGGCGACGAGGUCGACGACGAUGAGGACGACGAGGACGGAGACGCCUCGAACCGCAGGAGGGUAACGGAGUCGAUCAUGACGGACCCUUCGAUGGACGAAGAGGCCGACGUGCGCGGCGCCGACGUGCCCAACCCGCACCUGACGUGGGGCGAGGCCAGGCAGACCAUGACGCGGCCGGACUACAUCAUGGAGCUCGACCAUCUCAACGUCAUUCACAUUGACCGACACCACCACAUCCGGGCCGAUUCGAUGCCGUUGCUGCGUGCCUUCCGCCGCGUGGCCGAGUCCGAGGGCUAUGGUGACAAGCUCGAGCGGGUCAUGGACCGCGUCGCGGCCAUUGAGAGUCUCGGAAGGACGCGAGAGCUCGUAUGGAAGGAGCAGGGUGACGGGGGCAAGUUCCUCAUCAAGAAGGACGGCAAGGGACGCGAGUUUGAGACCUGGACGCUGCUGGGCGGCGACGAGCGGCUGGGCCGCGACACUGGCGACGGCGACGGCGAUGACGAUGACUAG